AUGUCUCUCAGCCACUACAUCAAUAAACAAGUUCUCAUUCUCACAGUGGACGGCCGUACGCUUCUCGGCACAUUGCUGUCAACCGAUCAACUCACCAACCUGGUCCUCUCCAAUACCAUUGAACGCAUCAUCCGCACCCCAGACGAUGACGAGCCUUCAUCUCAAAUCGAGCACGGCCUGUACCUAAUCCGUGGAGAUAAUGUGGUAAUCUGCGGCGAAGUUGACGAGAAAAUCGACGGCGAUAUCGACUGGACAAAGGUGAAGGGAGAGGUAAUCAGGGACACCAAGAAUGCAUGA